GCCUACUUCCGAUUACUCACUUCCGUGUUUAACCGGUGAGGAACUACCAUCAUUGCAGAAUGUCGAUUGUAAAGAAUCACGUUGCGGACGGGAUCUUCGCAACCUUACCUCGUACUUCGAGAGGAGUACCUAUUGUCCUUGGAGGAUGCCCAGCUGGCAAGCACAAGUUUCUCUACACAAAUGGCAAUAACGUCAUAAUGCGUGACCUUGCUAAUCCAUAUAUGGAUGCAGAAAUCAUCACUAAACACACCACUCAAGCCACUGUAGCUCAGUGGUCUCCAUCAGGAUUCUACAUCGCCUCCGCUGAUACAUCUGGAAAAGUAAUUAUCUGGGACACCACCCAAAAGGAACACAUCAACAAGUGUGAAUAUCAACCGAUCUCUGGCAUCAUUAAGGACAUCGCCUGGGACGGAGAGAGCAAGAGGAUGGCUGUGGGAGGACAGGGCAAGGAGAAGUACGUAGCUAUAUAGGUCAGAGGGCACAUC